UGAUUGGCAUUUUUACCCAGUAGCCCAUGCAAAAAACAUCCGUAAACCUUUUCUAUAACAGACCCAAAAAUCUAGUCUACGAGACUUAUUUACUAUUGACUUGGUAGCUUAGGCCCCACACACAUCUUGGUUUUGUAAUUUUUUUUUUAAGUUCUAAGUGGAUUUAACUUUACUAACGAUGUGCUCUAAAACCAAUGAACGUGCUACACGACUCCAUGAACCUGGGAAGGUUUGUCGGGAAUUGCUUUACCUGAGGUCAAAAGUGCCUGUUCGUGAAGUUCCCGCCUUUACUUAUCAAGCACUGCAGCCCAACACGGUGGUAAAGCCUCCUCCAAAGAUUGACAUCUUUAAGAGAAAGCCAGUGAAGGAGACUGUUUUCAAGAUUUACUUCAACCGCGGGGACAUUCCUUGUGUAAUGUCCGGUCGAAGCAGCAAACAAGAUCCCACCAAGGAACGACCGGUAAAGUGGCACUGUGUGCCGGAGAAUCUCGACUACUGCUAUUAUCUGCCCAUCUUCGUGGAUGGAUUAGCGGACAUGGACUAUGAUACCCGGUUGCUGGCCGUAAACGGAGCUAUCGAUCUCAUCAUGAGGUCCCCCAAAAAGGUGCUUCCUGUGCUGCCCAAGCUGAUACUUCCGCUGAAAAGGGCUUUUCAGACGCGCGACAAGCGGAUCAUCAUCUCCGCUCUUCAAGUCAUUCAGCUGAUGGUUCGAUUGGGUCCCUGUGUGGGUCAGGCCCUUGUCCCCUUUUAUCGCCAAUUGCUGGCCGUGUGCAACCUUUAUAAGAACAUCAAUGUGAACCUGGGAGAGGGGAUCGAUCCUGAUCGCAACUGUCGCAUUGGCGACGUCAUCGAGGACACCCUGAAGUUGCUGGAAUAUUGCGGCGGUCCCAACGCUUUCAUCAACAUCAAGUAUAUGGUGCCCACCUACGAGAGCAGCGUCUUCCCAAAAUGCGAAGCUCCUGAGCCCCGGGAAACCUGAGAUUUCCGCUUUCCAAUUCGCUUUUUAUCAGUUUCAGCGGUUUCAGUUAUCGAACAUUUGCAAAAGACUUUAAGCUGCCAAAUUGAAGUUUGUGAACUUUCAAAUCGGGGAUGAGUAAAAGCCAAAUUUUAGCAUUCA